GCAGCAUGAGAAGAAUUCACGUGAUUCCUUUAACUGUUGCCGCUAGUUUUUUAUUUCGCGAGUUUAAAGUGGAAGGAUUUGCUCAUGAACAGUCAUUCUUACCUUGUAUGUUAGGUCUCUGAUUGUCAUUAAGCAAUAUCUUCAGCAUCUGCAGAACCAGGCUGUGUCUCUCGAAGAGUAACAGAUCCAUGUCUCAUUCAAGUGAUGUCAGUGAUGGAGCAGUAACAUCUGAACCUCUAUCAAAGCGUCAGAGAGGAGCUCAUCCAGAACCCAGCAUAGUGUCUUUCAGGAGUAACAGAUUCAUGCCUCAUCCACAUUUGAAUGUUCUACAGAGAGUCAAAGACAAACACAAAACGAGUAUGAAGCACAAGUAUCAGAAUUUAUUUGAGAGAAUUGAUCAACAAGAGAAUCAAACCCUGCUGUACAGAAUUAACACACAGCUGUACAUCAUAGAGGGAGAGAGUGAAGAACAUGAGAUUUCACGUGUGGAGAAAAAGUCCAGAAGGACUCAACGCUUACAAGACAUUCCAAUCUACUGCAAUGAUAUCUUUAAACCCCUACCUGAACCAUAUCAAAACGCGAAAAUUAAGACUGUCCUUACUAAAGGCAUCACUGGAAUUGGUAAAACGGUCUCCGUGCAGAAGUUCAUUCUGGAUUGGGCUGAGGGAACAGCCAAUCAGGAUAUAGAUUUCAUGUUUGUGCUUCCGUUUCGAGAGCUGAACUUGAUUCGAGACAAACAGUAUAGUCUUCACAAACUUCUGCUGGACUUUCAUCCUGAACUUCAAGAUCUAGACUCGCAGCUUUAUGAGGGGUGUAAAGUUGUGUUCAUCUUUGAUGGUCUGGAUGAAUGCAGAAUGAUUUUUUCGGCGAGAAAGAAAGUUUUUGAUGUGACCAAGACGUCAUCUGUGCAAGUAUUGAUGUCAAACCUCAUGAGAGGAGAUCUGCUUCCUUCUGCUCUCAUCUGGAUCACCUCCAGACCAGCAGCAGACAAUCAGUUCCCAUUGAAAUACAUCACAUGUGUGACGGAAAUUCAGGGAUUUAGUGACGCUCAGAAGGAGGAAUAUAUAUGGAAGAGAGUCAAUGACCAGCAUCAAGCCAGCAGAAUCAUCUCACGCAUUAAAAGAGCGAGAAGCCUCCACCACAUGUGUCACAUACCGGUCUUCUGUUGGAUCACAUCCACCGUACUUCAAAACAUCCUGAAACAAGAUGAUGAUAAAGUAGAAAUUCCUCAAACUCUGACUGAAAUGUACAUCCAGUUCCUGCUGAUGCACAUCAAUGCAAAGAAUCAGAAGUAUGAUCCAAAGAGAGAUCCAGAGAUCCAACUGAUUCUGAAACUAGCUGAAGUGGCUUUCAAACAGCUGAUGAAGGGUAAUGUGAUGUUCAGUGAGGAUGAGCUGAGAGAAUGUGGGAUCACGGACUACUCAUUGCAUUCUGGCAUUUGCUCUGAGAUCUUUGAGGAAUCUGUUAUACAUAAAAGGAAAAUGUACUGCUUCACGCAUCUGAGCUUUCAGGAGUUUUUGGCUGCCUUCUAUGCGUUUCACUGCCAUUUAACAAAUAACACCGAACCACUGCGGUUGAUUCUGAACAAGAAUUAUGACUAUUGUGACUCCAUGUCUGAGGAAAUCUCUCUGUAUCAGCUAUUGGAUUCAGCGGUAGAUAAAUCUCUUCAGAGUAAAACAGGACAUCUUGAUCUGUUCCUCAGGUUUCUGAUGGGCAUCUCACUGGAGUCCAAUCAGAGACUCUUACAGGAUUUCCUGACACGCACACGGAACAGCUCAAACGCCAUUAACACAAUCACACAGUAUGUUUUAGAUCAAAUCAAAAGUGGAGAUGAUCUCUCAACUGACAGAUCCAUCGAUCUGUUUCUUUGCGUGUUUGAAGUGAGCUGUAAGAAUCUGAACAGAGAGAUUGAGGAGUUUGUGAGAUCAGGGAAGAAACUCUCUGCGGCUCACUGUUCAGCAAUAGCCUACAUGCUUCAGAUGUCAGAGGAGGUGAUGGAUGAGUUUGAUCUGAGGAAAUACAACACAACACAGGAGGGUAGAAGACGACUCCUACCGGCUGUCAUCAACUGCAGAAGAGCUCUUCUACAGAGCUGUAGUCUGUCUGCUGAGUGUUGUGAAAGUUUAUCUUCAUGUCUACAAUCAUCAAAGUCUCUAAAAGAGCUGGACCUGAGUAACAAUGAACUGAAGGAUUCAGGAGCGAAGGUGAUCUCUGAUGCUCUCAAGAGUAACGACUUUCAGCUACACACACUGAGGUUAUCGGGUUGUAUGGUUACAGAUGAAGGUUGCUGUUAUUUAGCUUCGGCUCUGGAUUCAAACCCGUCUCACAUUAUAGAGCUGGAUCUGAGCUACAAUCAUCCAGAACACACAGGACGUCAGCUCCUCUCUGAUAAACUCAAUGAUCCAAGCUACACACUCAACAAACUCAAUGUGGAUCAUGGUGGAAUGUUCAGAAUUAGAGCUGGACCACGCAAGUGGGCCUGUGAUCUCACGCUGGAUCCAAACACGGCAAACACUAGCCUUGUACUGUCUGAGAAGAACAGAAAGAUCACACGUGUGUCUGAGUUUCAGCCAUAUCCUGAUCUACCGGGCAGAUUUGACGAUCUUGUACAUCAGGUUCUCUCGAGAGAGUGUCUACCCGGACGCUGUUACUGGGAGGCUGAAUGGAGAGGAUCAUGGGUUUCUAUAUCAGUGUCAUAUAAUAGCAUCAGCAGGAAAGAGGCUGAUGACAGUAGUAUGUUUGGAUUCAACGAAAAAUCAUGGAGUCUGUACUGCGCUGAUAGCAUAUUAAGUGCAUUUCACAAUAAUAGUGUAACCAACAUACCAGUCCCACCACAUCACUGUAAAAGAGUAGGAGUGUAUGUGGACUGGUCUGCCGGCACAUUGUCCUUCUACAACGUCUCUGACUCACACACACUCACACACAUACACACAUUCAACACAACAUUUACUGAACCACUCCAUGCUGGAUUUGGGGUGUUUAACUCCUCACUGUCUCUGUGUGACACACACAGAUAUUGAGUGAGUGAAAGAAAUUUAGCAAUUUAUUUGUUUAACUCACUGAGGUGUUUCACACGGGUGUCCAGAAGGUUCCAAGGAGUCCCCUGAAAAAGUAAUUCCAAAGUCUAUUGAACAUUAUGACUUUCAUUUUUAAACAUUCACGUUUAUUUCUAUGGGUUCAACCUCUUUGCUACAUGCAUACUUUAUAUAGUAUCUGUGCAAACUGGUUUUGUAUCUUUCUAGUGUUCACUACAGUAUCCUUUCUCACUUUUGGGUUUGCAAAGCUGUCGUUAUUCAAAUUUUAUUGUAAAAGUUGGUAGAGUACAAAUAUAUCAGAAAUGAAAAUGUUUUUUUUGGGGGGUUCAUGUUCAACAUUAAGUGUAGCCAAAUAUUUGAGAUUGGAAAAAAAUAUAUGUCUGUAAUACUACAUAAUCUAACAUAGUUGAAAUGUUUCUUAUACCUAAAAAUAUGUAGAUGAAUAUAUGUUACAGGUAGACGGUUCAUCCCAAAAUAAUCAUUAUAUUUGUAGUAUCAUCAAGAUUAAAAGCACCUUGUUUAAAACACACAAUAAAGCCUUGUGUUUAGAUAAGGGUACAUAAGCACAGGGCAGCAAUCUCAAAUGAACAGCAGCCUAACACAUGACCAUUUAAUUUAAUUAAGUGCUUAUGACAUUGUUUGUGUAAUGAAGCUGUCCAUAAAGGUUAACGGUCUUACAAGUUGAAAAUCUGAAAGAGUCUGAUAAAAAAAUUAUUGUCUCCCAAAAUUACUGAAAUUGAACAUCAUCUCAGCAUUUUAUAUCACUGCAUAUUUAAUUUAAACUGAUUUUGUUGGUAAUGUUCAUAAGGAUUAAAAGACAAAAACUGGA